UUUGGACAGGCGGUGGAUGGCUUAUGAAAACCGGCUCCAUAUAGUUUUUGAAAGGAAGGAACGUCAUAUAGAAGAACUCUCCCGAAACAACCCGAGGAAGAAAAAAACCGCAUCAAAACCUAAAAGAGACGAGAAAUGGCGAGCAGCCCUUCUCGCAAGAAAUGGCUUCCUCUCGAAGCUAACCCCGAUGUUAUGAACCAGUUUAUUUGGGGACUUGGUGUUGCACCGGAUGAGGCAGAAUGCUAUGAUGUUUAUGGGUUUGAUGAUGAACUAUUGGAAAUGGUUCCGAAGCCAGUGCUUGCAGUGCUGUUUCUGUAUCCCUUGACUCCACAGAGUGAAGAAGAGAGAGUCCAACAAGAUAGUGCAAUAAAGGAGCCAAGCAGUGAGGUUUAUUUUAUGAAGCAAACUGUUGGAAAUGCCUGUGGAACAAUCGGUCUUCUUCAUGCUGUUGGAAAUAUCACUUCCAGGAUUAAACUCGUUGAGGGUUCUUAUUUGGACAACUUUUUCAAAUCCACUGCAAAUAUGAAUCCAUCAGAGCGUGCUGCAUUUCUCGAAAAUGAUAGAGAAAUGGAAGUUGCUCACUCAGUUGCAGCUACGGCUGGUGAUACAGAGGCAUCAGAUGAUGUAAACACUCAUUUCAUCUGCUUUACAUGUAUUAAUGAGCAACUGUAUGAGCUCGAUGGAAGGAGGGCUGGACCAAUCUCUCAUGGUGCAUCUACUCCAGGCACAUUAUUACAGGAUGCUGCUAAAGUCAUUCAAAAGAUCAUCCAGAAAAAUCCUGAUUCGAUCAACUUCAAUGUGAUUGCAUUUUCGAAGAAAAGUGAAGCUUAGGAAUCAUGAACAUGCUAUGGUUUUUUCAUUCACUUUAUUUACUGGAUUGAACUAGUGAAUGAAUGUUCUAAACUCUUUUAAGUAGGUAUGUUACUGGCAUUAUGCGAUUGUCUAGUGGGAGACUCAU